CAAUGCAAGUCAAGUGAUAGCAUUUUAUACUGUUACCUUUUACAUUUAAAGUUAUGAAAAAGUACGUACUUGUUAAAUAAUUAAUCCAACGAAUUAAUCAGUUGCCCUAGGCAGGAAAACAGAAUUAGAUUUAAAAGUCAAGAUGAAUAAGUGAGCCAUGGACGAGAAAAGAAUCUUAGAGGAGCAGCUGAGGGAGGCGGCCUGCAUAGGGGACACAGAUGCUGUUCAGGAAUUGAUAAAUCUGGGCGUUGAUGUCAAUCAUGCGAUUAACGGAUGGACACCACUGCAUUGGGCAUGCAAGAGAAAUUAUUUGGACGUCGUGGCCCUGCUACUGAAAAGCGGAGCAGACAGGAACGUCAAGUCCGACAAGGGCGCGACACCCGCAUCCGUGUCAACAAAUCCUUACAUUCUGCAGCUGCUGGCAGAUUCUUCGAGUACCUGCUUGCAAGACUCGCCUAGCUUCGCGCCUGCUUAUCUGAAGAAUCCUCCAUUGAGCAGCAGAGUAGAUAUGGACCAUCCCUAUCAGAACAAAGCUGUUAACAUCUGUUCAACAGAAUUAGUAUUGAAGAUCAGAAUUGAAAACUCAAGUGAUACUGAUUUCAUAGAAGUCGAUCUUCCUUGUAAUGCCUUAACUUAUCAGAAUCUGAUCAAAUUGUGUUGUGAUGAAUUGGGAAUCAAUCAAGCUCAAAUAGCUAAAUUGAGAAAAUUACCAAACACGAGAAUCAGACGAGACAAGGAUGUUGAUAGACUACAAAAUUACCAGGAGAUCGAGGUAGUGUUACACACACCUACCAACUUUUCCAGUGAUACAGGACACAAAUCUAUGCAGCAUGCCAACGGAAGCACGGUUCCGAUUACUCCGACUAACAGUUACCAAAGUAUAUCCAAAAAAGAUCAAACAAUUUUAUAUUAAAUCGUAUGUUUAUAGAAUAUGACGUUGAAGCAAUUUCUACAUCUACUAGUCUAAGAAUACUAACAAAAAAAUUUUUAUUGCAAGUUUUUUAUUUGAAUUUUACGAAUAAUACGUAUAGU